GCAGCUUCUUCACCCACCACAAAAUGCGUUUAAUUCCGACACUUUUGCUGCUGUUGUUCGCAGUGUCAGCCAGCCAAGCCGCCAGUUUGUCUCCAUUUGCCGCACUGCCGGCUAGAAUUCGAGACCAAUUGAGUCCCCGUUUGCUGUACAGCAGGAGGACUGGCAGCCAACCCAUAGUCCUGGAUGCCGUGGCCUGGGCGCGGCAUUUGCUGGAGAAAUUACAGCUGUACCAUCUGAGUUUUGACAUAGUUAGGGCCAUGCAAACAUCCACAGAUGGACUGCUGUUCGAAAUGAAAUCCCACGAGCAGGCAAAUGAGAUUCUGACAGCCUGGCGGCGCAUUUUGAGACAGAAUUCGGACUACGGUGAGGCAGAAGCUUGCCCCGCAGCUGCCACAACCUGUGUGAGCGCAGACUUUGAGCUGAAGCAAACCGAAAGGGACUUCUUUGUGGGUCCCAGUGGCCUCUCCAAUCAUUUUGGUGGGCCCACCUAUCGCAUGGGUGGACACUGA